AUGUCCUCCGUCAACGAUAACGCCUCUUCACCCGGGAGCGGCGAUGGGGUGAGCAAGCGCAAACAAGGUUCGGCCGCGUGUGUCCACUGCCAUCGGCGCAAAGUCCGAUGUGACGCUCGAGUCGUCGGAACCCCUUGUACCAACUGUCGCACCUCUGGCAAGACCGACUGCCGUAUCCACGAGAAGAAAAAACGUCUCGCUGUGCGUUCGAUUCUCGAUCCCGUUCCGAUCCGAUCUCGGCCUCUGCCGACGUCUGAUCAUGCCGCCAAUCCUAUAACUUCGGCCGGCACACCGCUGCCGCCAAGCUUUCCAACUGCAUUCGGGGGUGGCUCUGCGCUUGCAGGCAAUUCUCCGCAGCAAACCUUCCUGUCCAAUGCCGCGGAGCCAUUUCGUCAAGGUCCGGAUCUGUCACACGCCCAGGAGGCGCACACGGAGAUGGAGCAACAUCUUGUGAAACUUAUUGAUGAGGAAGAAUCUGGACGAAGAGAAAUUCAACGAGGCGUGCGCGCUUUCUACGUCGGCCAUGAACAUUCGAAUAUGUCCUUCCUGAUUCGUCAACAACGGGAUCAGGAUGAUGAUGUAUACCACUUUGCCAGCAAUGAAAUUCCUCGGCGACAGAUGAAGACCGGUCACGACCAGCUCCUUAUGGAUGCGCUAACACUUCCCGAGCCAACCUUAGCGGACGAGUUGGUGCAAUCAUAUUUCACUUACGUCAACCCGGGUUAUCCAAUCGUCGACGAGGACUUGUUUAUGACGCAGUACCGGAAUCGAGACCCUGCAGAUCCUCCUCCGAUCUUGUUGCUUCAGGCGAUUUUGUUAGUUGGGGCCCAUGUCACUCGCGCAAAGGCAGAACGUGAUGCAUUGAAAGAGAUCUUUUUCCGUCGCACCAAGUACCUCUUUGACAAUCGCAUCGAGCGAAAUCGAGAUAUUCUGGUUCAGACAGCGUUGCUGUUGACCUGGCAUUCUGAUAGCGCCGAUGAUGAUGUCGCCGCCGAUGCCCACUUCUGGGUUGGCGUAGCUGCCCGGAUUGCCACUGGCCUGGGAAUGCAUCGCAACCCGGUCUCGAGCCGUUUUGUCACUCGAGACAGGCGAAUGUGGAGGAGAGUAUGGCAUAUUCUGGUCCAGUUUGAUGUGAUGAUCUCUCUUUCAUAUGGCCGACCACAAGCUAUAAACCUGGAUGACUCUGAUGUAUCACCUCUGAUCCCUGCCGAUUUCGAAAAUUGUGGACCUCGGGUGCAAGCCGAAUUUGUUAUUCACUUUAGCGCUCUCUGUACUAUGAUUUCAUAUCUUAUCCGAGAUCGGUUCGGUCUUCGGGCUAGUGAUGAGCGACGAAAAGCCGUUUUGCAAGAGGCUGAUGAAUCUUUGGCAAAUUGGUCCUUGAAGCUACCUGACAACCUACGCCUCCGAGCAUCGGAUAUGGACCCUUGGUCAGCUAUGUUGCACCUCACCUAUAACAACUUCCUCAUUCUACUACAUCGGCCACAUCCAAGAGCAUCGGCAUACUCUGACGACUAUGGUCCUCACGACGCAGAGAUCUGCAGUGCUGCGGCUGGAGUUAUUGCUUCUAUCUUCGAGGAGCUCCGGAUGAAUGAUCGUUUGAAAUUCCUAUGGUACACCGGUGUCCAUACCUUGUUCACGGCCAUGAUCCAAGUUCGUGUAGAACUUCGAUUCUCUAAUCCGGUUCUUGCUAUUAAUGCAUUGCGCCGCUUCGACUCGGCGUCUUAUUCAUUGCGGGAACUGGCUCAGUACUGGGUCCACGCAGGUACAAUUCUGCGCCUCUUUGAAAAUUCCAAGCGUCUUCAAGAAGAUUUGCGUAUGGCAACCACUGACCGAUCCAAAACAUUUAACGCCAUUCCGCCCAUCAAUAAGAUGCCCAUCACGGUAUCCGAGGCCGCGGCAGCCUUGCAAGCUGUCCAUACCCCACGGCCCCUCUCCUUUGGCGUACCGACCCCAGAGUCUUCUCACACCCCGAUGCAAGGCACAAUGUCGCCACAACCAGCUCCACAGUUCGAUAAUUGGAUAACCGCUCCUCUCCGACUUAAUGUUGGUCCCAUGGAGAGAAAUGACCCGUACUCGGCCAACAUGCAGGUCGACCAAAUGGAUCAAACUCGCGACUAUCCUGACUGGAGACAAUUGUUCUCUUUUACAGAUUCUGAGCUCGCUAUGCCCAUGGCUGGUGAGGGACUCUUGGAAUUGGAAGAUGAAUGGCGACAGAUCUACUGGCAGGAUCUACCCAUGGCAGAUCUCAUCCAAGAUGGCAGCUGGCUUCCUGGCUAG